UGUUUUGCUCUGGGAGUGGCUGCUGGAUAUUCCAGGCAGGGUUGUGAGUGCUGCUUGGCUCAGUGAAGAAAACACACACACUUGUAUACGCACUCCUCCAGAGCUGACGUGGGUUGUGGCCUUGCACGGUUGCUGUCCAUCUGCCACUGAGAAGCAGCCACUGGAGCUAGAAGAGAAGAAAGUAGACAGAGAGGGGAAAAAAAGGAAAAGUGGCUAAGUAUGGAUGCGCUGCAAGAUUGGGCCCUGGUGUACCCAUCUCCGGCCCGGGUGCUCUGGGUGAUUGUGUUGAUAUUGGCCACCGUCCUGGUUUGGAGCUUGUUCUUCUGCUGCUGGGGAAGCCAUAGCUCCUCCUCCCCUCUGGAGAGAUACCUCUCAGCCAUGGAGAAACAGUCAAAGACAAAACACCAGAGCCAGCGGAAGAAGAAGCCAAAGGACAAGAAGAGUGUAUCUGCGGCACUGCUUAAUGAGGGGAUCGCAGGGGUGAUCAAACUGGCAACCCCUCUGUCUCAAGAGAAACAGAAGACGAAAGAAAAGGAAAAACAUGAGAAAAAGACAGAGGAUGUGGAAGAAAAGAAGGUGGGAAAAGAUGAGAAGGAGGAAGUGAAAGAAGAGAAGCCCUCUACAACAGUGAGGAAGAGAAACAGACGGAACCUGAAAGUCACCAUCGCACCUGGUACUGGGACUUCUGCAUCUGCUGAGCAGGAAAGGCAGCAUGCUUUCGAGAAGAAACGUUAA